CGGAAGUACACAGGAGGGUAACCUCUUGUACCUCCUGAACAGCCGGUUAGGUCUGUUUGGCUCGCUUUGUGUUAUUUACGAGUCGUUUUUUAAGUUCGUCUAGAUGUCACAUAACGCCGUCAAACGUCCAGGAGUCGGGGUCGGGGUGCUGGUGACAGACUCAGCCCACUCAGGAUGUGUUCUUCUGGGAAAACGGAGAAGCGAAAUGGGCAAAGGGAAGUACCAGCUCCCCGGUGGCCACUUGGAGUUUGGGGAGACGUGGGUGGAGUGUGCUCACAGGGAGGUGUUGGAGGAAGCGGGCGUGCGUUUGGUGAACGUCCGCUUUGCGUCAGUGGUGAACUCCAUCAAACUGGAGGAGCAGUACCACUAUGUCACCAUCAUCAUGCAAGGGGAACUGGACAGGAAGCAGUCAGGAGAGCCGCAGAACCUGGAGCCAGAGAAGAAUGAGGGUUGGACGUGGACACAGUGGGACCAGUUUCCUCCUGAGGGGCAGCUCUUCUUGCCGUUAGCUGGUCUGAGACAACAAGGCUUCCAGCCGUUCAGGAACACACUGUCACACCCCGAAGCUCUGCUAUGAAACAGACUGUUACGUUGGGAAACUUCUCGAAAACAUACACACCUCUUCUAAACUCAGCCUUGUGUUUUACAGAUCUUUUUCUGUUAUGAUGAACACUGUAUUUUUAUUUUAGUUACUGUCCAUUUUAGGAAUCUAUAACCUUGUCAGCUGUGCAUUAACUGUAUUAAAGUAAAUGGUCUUCA